AUCAUUUUAAGAUGAAGUUCAUUUUCUGUUCAUGCUAGAUUUACCAUCUGACCAUUAUUUCAUUUCUGAUGCGAAAUGUUUUGUUAUCAUACCGUCUACAGAUAUAGUUUGGUAUAACUAUGGAAUCAUUUUCAAAGAAGACACUUUAACAUUAUGUUCUCUAGAGCAUUGUCUGUUUAACAUCCACACACAAAAAUACCAUAUUCUAGGAACUUAUUCAUCAAAAACCUCUAAGCAAAUCUGUUUUAAAUCAUAGCAAAAAAUUUCAUUUUCUUGUGAAAGUAUUUAAUUUUCGAUUUUAUUACUAACCCGAGAUGCCUAGAGUGAACAAAGGAGUGCUUUACCUCUCCUCUGGAGCCUUAUGCUACUCUCUGGGUUCUCUCUCCUUCUCCAAAUCCGGCGCCCAAUCCUCCCAAAUCAACACCUGGGUCGGACUCAUUGCCAUCCCUGUCUGCAUUCUCAUUCUUUCACUUAACACACACUUUUCCCCCUUUUCUAGACGGAGAAGUCCAGAUCUUUACUUAAGUAUCCUAAAUGGGUUCCUCUUUGGAGGAGCUGCAAUAUAUCUCCACUUUUGGUCUUUGGAGUACCUCUUACCAUCUGACAACAACAUGGUUGUUGUCGCCUUUUUUAUCUGCAGUUCAGUUGUGUUUCAAAUUAUAGAAGAAAAACGAAUGCCUUCAAUCUUAACGUUCGCUUCCGUUUUACUCGGCAUUUUGGGCACAUUUUUUGUGUGCAAUCCAACAGAUCUGUUCACCAAGAACAUUCUCGAACUUGACAAUAUAAAAGGGGUUUGUUUAGUCGCACUCGCUGGAAUUUCUUUUGGUUUUCUCUAUUCGAGUGUUAGGAGGUAUAACUCCGUUCCUCCAGUUUGGAUUUGUCUGGGCGCUGCUUUCGGGAAUUUAGCCAGUGGUUUGACCUCUUAUAACCCUUGGAGCGAUGCCAGUAUGCAAUCAUGUGACCUCUUCCCGCGAAUACUGGCUCUAAUGGCGUCUGUUUUUCAAUCAACCACUUUGUGCUCAAAUUUAACAGGAGUGAUGGAGACGGGCGUGACUGUGACGGCGGCAGCUGUGAUCCAACUGCUCUCCCCCGUCUUUUCCUUCCUCCUCCAACUGGUCCUCUUCCCACACAUAGUCUGGUGGAGAAGCGGGGUGGGUAUCCUCUCUAUCAUUCUGGCAGUCAUGGUGCAGCUGAGAGUGCUGAAGAAAAGAGAGAAGGAGAUUGCGAAAAGUCAAGUGAUUAGAUCAUGUUUAACUGAAGACAUUCAAUUGGUUUAGUCAAUGAAUGAUAUUGUAGAGUGCUUUUUGAUUAUUCUCUAUUUGCAAAUGAAAACAUAAAAUAUGGA